CGCCGAGUUGGUGGUAACUCGCACCGCCUCGUAAGAGACGGCGAGAGGCGGAGAGAAAAUGACUGCUGGUUCAGUGUCUGUCCCACAGAUCAUACCACUGCAAGUGCCUCAGCCUGGAAAAGCCAAACAUGAAAUUGAUAGCAAUACACUUUUGGAAAUGAAAUCAGACACCCCUGAUGUCAACAUAUAUUAUACUCUGGAUGGCAGCAAACCUGAAUUUCUAAAGAGAAUUGGUUAUGGUGAAAAUAAUACGUUUAAGUAUAAAAAACCUAUUACUCUGCCUGAUGGAAAAAUACAAGUCAAAGCUAUUGCAGUCUCUAAAGACUGCAGACAGAGUGGAAUUGUAACAAAGGUGUUUCAGGUCGACUAUGAACCACCAACAGUGGUCUCUUCUGAAGACAAUGUUGAAAAUGUUCUCAAAGAUUCUUCAAAGCAGAAACUGAAAAAUGGAUUUUUGGGAUCAAAACUAAGAAAGAAAGAGAAGAAACUUGGUUGGAAUGUUCCCCUUAGAAAGUUUCCAGACCUCGGGAUAGGUGAAAGAACUGAUUCUAAAACUCUGAAAGAUCUUCGCUUCUCAGAGAGCCCGUUGGAAAUUCUAGCUUACCCUGAGGAGUCAGGUUCUAGACCACCUACCCACCAGUCCCAGUUCCCUAGUUUCGCACACAUAGCCAGCCGGAAGAGUUUGACCAGCACUGAGAUCAUGAGAAUUCAAAGGGAGACAGACUUUCUCAAGUGUGCCCACUGCCUUGCCCCCCGCCCAUCUGACCCCUUUGCUCGCUUCUGUCAAGAAUGUGGCUCUCCUGUCCCUCCUAUAUUUGGCUGUCGUCUCCCACCCCCGGAAGGAGCUCAGAUGGGCUUGUGUGUCGAGUGUGGGAGCCUGGUUCCCAUGAACACUGCCAUCUGCGUGGUGUGUGAGGCUCCUCUUGCGCCACAGCUGCAGCCGCAGGCCAGCCUGCAUCUGAAGGAGAAGGUAAUCUGCCCAGCCUGUGGCACAGGGAAUCCUGCUCACCUGAGAUACUGUGUCACCUGUGAGUGUGAUCUGCCUUCAUCACAAGAGUCGACGUGCAGUGGAGAUAAAGCCUCUUCUCCAGCUGCUCAGAAAGGGGAGACCCGUCCCUGCUCCAAAUGCGGUCACCGGGACCACCCGGAAGCUGGCUUCUGUGACUGGUGCAGAACCUCACCUGGAAUUCCUGCUUGUUGUUCUGUUUGUCCUAAAUGUGGAGCUAGCAAUUACCGGUCUGCCCGAUUCUGUGGCUCUUGUGGUAUUUACGUGGACUCCCUGGCAAGACUAAGCUUGGACAACAGCAUGGCUCUAGCUGCUGGAGAACCUGGCCCUUUCUCUGAGCCUCGAUCUGCCUGGCAGUCCCUAAAUGCUCCUUUGCCCAAAUCUGAUGCUGGAACUAGGAAAGAUAUAGGCACACAGACUGUUGGCCUGUUCUACCCCUCUGGCAAGCUGCUAGCAAGGAAGGAGCUGGAAAUGGCCUCUCAAAAACAGAGGCAGGAGAAAAUGAGUGACCAUAAGCCUCCCCUCACCGCCAUCAGCCCAGGAAGAGGAUACUGGAGAAAACAGUUGGAUCACAUCUCUGCUCACUUGAGGUCUUAUGCUCAGAACAACCCUGAAUUCCGGACCUUAAUUGCAGAACCCAGGAUGGGAAAGCUUCUCUCUGCUACUGUCCAUGAAGAUGGUUGUGAAGUUAGCAUCAGGUUGAAUUAUAUUCAAGUCUCAAACAAAAACCUUUACCUCAACAAGGCGGUGAAUUUCAGUGACCACUUUCUGAGCAACGUCACUGAGGGUGGUAAUGGGCUGUUCGGCAGCAGGUCCAGCUUGGUGAGUGACAACAGCCAGAAUGCCUCAGAUACCACUGAGAAAGUCAAGAGGACAAAGAAUUUCAAGACCAAAAAAUUCCAAGAAAAGAAGGAGCAGCUCACACCUGAGAACAGACACCUGCUGCGGGAGGUCGGGCCCACAGGGGAAGGAAGAGCCUCUGUGAUAGAACAGCUGCUCGAUGAAGGAGCCGACCCCAACUGCAGUGAUGAUGAAGACAGGCCCGUCAUGACCAUUGCUGUCGUGAACAAGCACCACGAAGCGAUUCCAGUUCUCGUGCAGAGAGGAGCUGAUGUCGACCAGCAGUCGGGACCAUAAGAUGAGUGAAUGAGGUGCACAGCCAGGAUUACAGACUUGUACAGUUUAUUAGAACAAAAGGCCACAAAGCAUGGAGAAGACUUAGUGUGGAGAAAAGAAACUAAGUCCAAUGUCCUUUGACCCCUCAAGGAACGCAUUUUUCAACUCCAUUUCAUCAAAGUGUAAAAAAUGUGACUACUUUGUCCUCGUGAAGUGCCAACGUCACUGUCAAAGGGAGUAUAAGGGGUCAGAAGACUGGCCGGAAUAGUCCUCAGCAUCGGGCUGGAGCAGAGGUUUGUGGUGGACACACUUCAUCCUACUGUGUCUGCUGAGGUGAGCCUUCUGGCUAAAGCCUUGCCCGCACGUCCUGCACACAUAGGGCUUCUCCUCCUUGUGUGUCACCUGAUGUAAGAUGAGGUGUGACCUCUGGAUAAAGCCUUGGCCGCACUCUCUGUGCAUGCAAGGCUUCUCGUCCGAGUGCAGCCGUUUGUGUGAAAUUAAAGCUGACUUGUUGCUGAAGCCCAGGCCACACUGCCUGCAUGUGUACGGCUUCUCCCUCGAGUGCUUCCUCUUGUGUCGGAUGAGACCCGCCUGGUGGCUGAAGCCUCGCCCGCACUCCCUGCACACGUACGGCUUCUCCCCUGAGUGUGUCCUCUGGUGGGCCAGGAGGUUUGACUUCUGGCUGAACCCUCGCCCACACUCCUCACACACCAUGGGCUUCUCCCCUGAGUGUGUCCUCUGGUGCCGGAUGAGAUUUGACUGCUGGCUGAAGCCUCGACCGCAAUCCUUGCACACGAUAGGCUUGUCCCCUGAGUGUAUGUUCUGGUGUCUGAUGAGGUGUGACUUCAGGCUGAAGCCUCGCCCACACACCCCGCACACAUAGGGCUUCUCGCCGGUGUGUGUCCUCCUGUGUGAGAUGAGGGUGGAGUUCUGGCUGAAGCUGUGCCCACACACCGCGCACACGUAAGGCUUCUCCUUCGAGUGUGUCCUCUGGUGAUUGACGAGGGUGGUCCUCUGUCUGAAGCAGCGCCCACACUCCUUGCACGCGUAAGGCUUCUCCCCUGAGUGUGUCCUCUGGUGCGAGAUGAGGUUCGACCUGUCACUGAAGCCCAGCCCACAAUCACUGCACACAAUGGUCUUCUCCUCUGAGUGUGUCCUCUGGUGUCGAACGACAGCAGAUUUUUGGCUAAAGCCUUUCCCACACUCCCUGCACACAUACGGCUUCUCCCCCGAGUGUGUCCUCUGGUGGAUGAUGAGGUUUGACUUCUGGCUGAAGCCUCGCCCACACUCACUGCACAUAUAAGGCUUUUCGCCUGAGUGUGUCCUCUCAUGUAUGAUGAGGGUGGACUUCCUGUUAAAUCCUCGCCCACACUCCCUGCACACAAUCGGUUUCUCCCCUGAGUGUGCCUUCUGGUGUCUGGCAAGGCUUUUCUUUAGACUGAAGCCCUUCUCACACACCCCACACACAUAUGGCUUCUCCCCUGAGUGUAUCCUCUGGUGACUAAGGAGGUUUGUCAUCUUGCUGAAGCCUAGUCCACACUCUCCACAAUUAAUUGUUCCAAAUCCCAAGACUUCUAUCCUCUCCAACAGUUUGUCUGUUUCCUCAGGGUUCCCCCUCUGAGCUGGGCUGGACUCUGUUUCCACCCCUUUGACGCUGUUCUUAGAACUGACUGGCUGCCUUUGGGGUGGCCUGGAGAAUGCUCCCAAAGUCCUUUUCUUUCUCCUUCCAAACAAGAGGCUGGCGCCUUCUCCCUCUUGACUCCCAGCUUUCUUGCUCCAGGAACUCUGCUCAGGGAGCUGCCGCUGGGGCACCUGCUCGCCGAGGCACCGAUCCUCAGGCUGGGCGUGAGCUUCUGCACACAAGCAUGUGAAGAUCCAUGGAGGGUGGCUGCACAGCACGUGCCGCAUGGGGAAUUUCUGUCGGGGGAAAUCCGGAGGGCAGAAAGGACAGGGCUGGACCUCUGGCUUUGGUUCUGCUGCAGAGAGAAAAACCUGAGUCAGAACUGAGUUCCUGGGGCAGUCUGAGCAAUUCUGCCAAAGCUGGUGGGGGACUCGAUUCCCCAUUCUUCAAACGCUUAGAACUUACAUGCCAUCCCAGCCAAGCCUUCCUUUACAUGGCCGACUUUCCCAUUCCAUCACUACAUAUUACAUCUGUUAUUACAAUCUGGAAAACUUACUCCUAAGAUGCUGCACUAUGUACUAGACCAAAGAAUGUUCAAAGAAGCAUCACAGGCAGUGUUGGCUCUGUAAACAGGAACAAUAUGCAACCGUUCUUUCGCCAUUGCUACAAUUAUCGUCUAACCCAUCACCACUCACACGGAUAGAAACCAUGUCCAUGAGUACUCACUCUGAGAGUGAUUAACCUUACAGCCCAUGUGGCAAUGUCCUUACGUCUUUCUCUACUUCUCUAGGAGGACAAAGGAAUGGAUCGAGAGAGCAGUCACUCAGUCUGGAGAAUCCCUAGUACAGGAAUCAACAUAAAAUAUUGAUUUAAAACAGCACUGACAAGAGGUCAAUCUGCAGGUUAUUCUUACACUUUAUAUAGCUAUUCCUUUUUAGUUUCUAGUAUAUCAGAAUAGUUAGAAGGAAAUACCUGAAUCUGUUGAACUGUAAUCCUGUAGACUGGAUUCUUGA